UAGGGAGGUGCGGAGAAGGGGGGGGAUAACGGGUAGAGAGAGAGGGAGAAGGCGAGAGAGCCAAGAGAGGGCUUGUGCGGUGCAUUUCUGAUCUCAUCCACGGACGAGAAGGGGGGCUGGAGGAGAAAUCCCCCCCGGCUUCGAAAAGCGGCUCACCAUGGGGAAUGCAGGGAGCAUGGAUUCUCAGCAGACUGAUUUCAGGGCGCACAACAUGCCUUUGAAGCUGCCAAUGCCCGAGCCAGGUGAACUGGAGGAGAGAUUUGCGGUGGUCUUGAAUGCAAUGAACCUACCUCCUGACAAAGCCAGAUUGCUACGCCAAUAUGACAACGAGAAGAAAUGGGAACUGAUUUGUGAUCAGGAAAGAUUUCAAGUCAAAAAUCCUCCCCACACAUACAUCCAGAAACUGAAAGGCUAUCUGGAUCCAGCUGUAACAAGGAAGAAAUUCAGGAGACGAGUCCAAGAAUCUACACAAGUGCUAAGAGAACUGGAAAUUUCUUUAAGAACAAAUCAUAUUGGAUGGGUCAGAGAGUUUUUGAAUGAAGAAAACAAAGGUCUUGAUGUUCUGGUGGAAUAUUUGUCAUUUGCACAGUACGCAGUAACUUUUGACUUUGAAAGUUUGGAGAACAAUGUGGAAAACUCAGUGGACAAGUCAAAACCAUGGAGCAGGUCUAUUGAAGACCUGCACAGAGGAAGCAACUUACCCUCACCUGUUGGAAAUAGCAUUUCUCGUUCGGGAAGACAUUCUACCCUGCGCUAUAAUACUUUGCCAAGCAGAAGAACUCUGAAAAAUUCAAGAUUAGUGAGUAAAAAAGAUGAUGUUCACGUCUGUAUCAUGUGUUUACGUGCCAUUAUGAAUUACCAGUAUGGCUUCAAUAUGGUCAUGUCACAUCCACACGCUGUUAAUGAAAUUGCACUAAGUUUGAACAAUAAAAACCCCAGGUAAGACUAUUCUAACGAAAGCCUUGUGUUAGAACUGUUGGCAGCUGUUUGUCUUGUAAGAGGAGGGCAUGAAAUCAUUUUAUCAGCAUUUGAUAACUUUAAAGAGGUUUGUGGAGAAAAACAGCGCUUUGAGAAGCUGAUGGAACAUUUCAGAAAUGAAGACAAUAACAUAGAUUUUAUGGUGGCAUCUAUGCAGUUCAUUAACAUUGUAGUCCAUUCAGUUGAAGACAUGAAUUUCCGAGUCCAUCUUCAGUAUGAAUUUACCAAAUUAGGCCUGGAUGAAUACUUGGAUAAACUGAAACAUACAGAAAGUGACAAGCUACAGGUGCAGAUUCAGGCUUACCUGGACAAUGUGUUUGAUGUGGGAGCUUUGCUGGAAGAUGCAGAAACCAAGAAUGCAGCUUUGGAGAGGGUUGAAGAACUGGAAGAAAACAUUUCUCAUUUGUCUGAAAAGCUGCAAGAUACAGAGAAUGAAGCCAUGGCCAAGAUUGUGGAACUGGAAAAACAGCUCAUGCAGAGGAACAAGGAGCUGGAUGUGGUCCGAGAAAUCUACAAAGAUGCAAAUACCCAAGUUCACACAUUGAGAAAAAUGGUCAAAGAAAAGGAAGAAGCCAUUCAAAGGCAGUCUACCUUGGAAAAAAAGAUUCAUGAACUGGAGAAGCAAGGGACCAUUAAAAUCCAGAAGAAAGGGGAUGGGGACAUUUCCAUUCUGCCAGUUGUGGCUUCUGGAACAUUGCCAGCAGGGUCAGAGGCAACAGCUAAUCCAAAUGCCUACGUAGGACAGGUCCCCGGAACCCCUUCCUCAGUACCUUCACCACCACCUCCCCCACCACUACCUCCAUCCACAGCAGCAUCAGAAACAGUACAAAAUGGCCCAGUCACAACAUCUGCACCACCACCGCCCCCUCCACCGCCUCCACCACCACCUCCACCACCUCCUCUCCCAGGACCAGCUGCUGAUACUCCACCAGCUCCUCUACCGCCCCCUCCUCCUCCAUCGGCACCUCCACUGCCUGGCACAGCUUCCCCAACAGUGGUUUUCAACUCAGGAUUAGCAGCCGUGAAAAUCAAGAAACCAAUCAAGACAAAGUUCCGCAUGCCCGUUUUUAAUUGGGUUGCUCUGAAACCCAAUCAGAUCAAUGGGACAGUCUUCAAUGAAAUUGAUGAUGAAAGAAUUCUGGAGGAUUUAAAUGUGGAUGAAUUUGAGGAAAUAUUCAAGACAAAAGCCCAAGGUCCUGCUAUUGAUCUUACUUCAAGCAAACAGAAGAUAACUCAGAAAGGAUCAAACAAAGUAACAUUACUAGAAGCCAAUCGGGCCAAAAAUCUUGCCAUUACCUUAAGAAAAGCUGGAAAGACUGCAGAUGAGAUAUGUAAAGCAAUUCACAUAUUUGACUUGAAGACCUUGCCAGUAGACUUUGUGGAGUGUUUAAUGAGGUUCUUGCCGACUGAAAAUGAAGUGAAAGUGCUGCGGCUAUAUGAGAGGGAAAGAAAACCUCUGGAGAACUUGUCCGAUGAGGAUCGGUUCAUGAUGCAGUUCAGCAAAAUUGAAAGGCUUAUGCAGAAGAUGACCAUCAUGGCCUUCAUUGGAAAUUUCUCUGAAAGUAUCCAAAUGCUGACGCCUCAACUGCAUGCAAUAAUAGCAGCAUCUGUGUCAAUAAAGUCAUCCCAAAAACUCAAGAAAAUUCUGGAGAUCAUCUUGGCUCUUGGUAACUAUAUGAAUAGCAGUAAACGGGGAGCAGUUUAUGGGUUUAAACUCCAGAGUUUAGAUUUGCUUCUAGACACCAAGUCGACCGACCGAAAACAAACCCUGCUGCACUAUAUAUCCAAUGUUGUAAGAGAGAAGUAUCAUCAAGUGUCCCUCUUUUAUAAUGAACUUCACUAUGUGGAGAAAGCUGCUGCAGUGUCUCUGGAGAAUGUCCUCCUGGAUGUCAAGGAGCUCCAGAGAGGCAUGGACUUGACCAAACGAGAGUACACAAUGCACGACCACAACACUAUGCUGAAGGAAUUUCUCCAUAACAACGAAGGGAAACUCAAGAAGCUACAGGAUGAUGCCAAGAUUGCACAGGAUGCCUUUGAUGAUGCCGUAAAAUAUUUUGGGGAAAAUCCCAAGACGACACCACCCUCCGUCUUCUUCCCGGUCUUUGUCCGGUUUGUUAAAGCUUAUAAGCAAGCAGAGGAGGAGAAUGAGCUGAGGAAAAAGCAGGAGCAGGCCCUCAUGGAAAAACUCUUGGAACAGGAAGCACUGAUGGAACAACAGGACCCUAAGUCUCCUUCCCAUAAAACCAAGAGGCAACAGCAGGAGUUAAUUGCAGAGUUAAGAAGGCGGCAAGUGAAGGAUAACAGACAUGUAUAUGAGGGGAAAGAUGGUGCUAUUGAGGAUAUUAUUACAGCCUUAAAGAAGAAUAAUAUCACUAAAUUUCCAAAUGUUCACUCGAGGAUCUUAGAAACCAGCCAUACAGACGAGCCGAUGCGGUGAGGAGAAGUGUCCGGCGACGCUUUGAUGAUCAGAAUUUGCGCCCUGUUAAUGGUGCUGAGAUAACCAUGUGAGCCAGACCUGCCUGCAUGUGUAAAGUGGAGGGUGUACUUCAAUGAUAACCAUGUCUGUGGGAACUCUUCCGGCUACCAUUUAAUGCAGUCUUGAAUGCAGUUAUAUUCUGAAGGGCCAAGAGGCCUCAAAAUUGCAUAGGAACUUUAAAAAUAAAAUUUCAAAAAUGGGCUCUCCAUUCAACCAUAGUUAACAAGUGCCUAAGAUGAAAGUACCUGCUCAAAUUGAACAAAGCAAUAGGACUUGAUUUGAUUGGGUAUCUUUUUACACCAAUAUGUUAUUCAGUGUUUUUAACCAAAAUGUAAAUGUCAUGUUAUUUCUUUUUUGUUACCUGCAACUUAAUGAUUGUCUUAUGGCCCACCUUGGUUUCUUGACAGGUUGUAAAUAACAAAUAUUUGGGUGAGAUCUGCUGUGGAUCCCUUUUGGCUUUUACAUAUGUCUCUGUGCUGUCUAAUAAGGAAUUUAUUUUGAGCUUCAAAUAGCAAUUCUCUCUAGGUUAUAUAUCAAAAGGUUUGCUGCUGUGUGAGGGAAGGCAUUCUCAGAGAGCCUUUUCCUUCCAGUCACAGCCAAACCCUGGUGAAGUAUAAAGAGGAUGUGAUGACAAGUGAUUUCAUUAACACAUGAAGAUUCACCAGUCAGUCUUCAUUUUCAUGUAUGACUUUUUCUGUGCAAUGCCCUAUUAGGGAUGGUUGAAGGGUAAGACAGCAGUGCUACACAAAAACAUGGGAAUAGAAUGCAAGACACAUUUAUUAUUCUAUGUUCUUCCGAGAGAGGCAGCUUAUAGGUAACACGAAGUAUAUUUAUUAAUUAGCAUCAAGCUAUUAACAUCUCAGUAAUCAGUAUUAGGAUCUCCAAGGACCAUCAUGGUUCAGUUCUGAGCACAGUGAAUAGUCGUGUGCCUUGUCAGAAAGAAAUUUUCUAGAUCCAUUUACAAGCAUUCAGACCAUAUCUUCCAGCAGCAGAGUGCCCAGUAGAGGAGGCCUUAUUCUCCUUUGACAAUCGAGUUUGAGUUGUUUUGUUUUGCUUUUGCUUUUUAUUUAAAUGGUGGUGAGGGGUGCAUUUGACCACUGGACCUAAAGAAAUUCCAAAGGCUUAUCUCCCUCUCCAGGAUAUUUCAGGGGAAAUUGGGGGUUGAUUGUUUGGGAUGUGUAUAUUCAGAUGAAGUGAGGGGAAGGCAUAUGCAAAAUGAGAAUGAAAGGCAAGCCAAGCUCACUCUGCAGGUCCAGGGCUAGCCAUUGUGUUCCUUGGCUUCUUUUUGGGCAGGGCACCUGAGCUAGUCCAAAGUGAGAACCUGGACUGAAGUUAAAAUGGUCAUUUUGGAAGAUAAAUUCUGCUUCUGGCUUACCUUUCUUGGUAGCAUUUCAUCACUAUGUUAAUUGUAAAAUUUAUUGUAUAGUAUUUAACCACUGAAUUCCUUUUCUUUUAUGUUGUGCUUAAGUGAAUCCCCGGUGAAGGUCUCAUUUUCCUUGACUGAUGUGUAGUUAUAUGAUAAUCUUUUUAAAUGUACAGAUAUUUUGCUACAAAAUUGGUGCCGUUUUUUAUGGUUUUUACACCUCUUUUUAAUUCCCACUUUAGCCUCUGGGUAAUAUUGUAAAUAUUGUUUUAAAAACUGCAUCAGCCUGUGCUAUACAAUCUGAAUGUUAUUUUAACUUAUAGUUUGUUUUUUAUAUUUAACUACGAGGACAGUUGAGGGAUCAAAGUUGUCACAUUUUUUUUUUUUGCUUACCUAUUUACAGAAAGUUUCAUUUCAACUUGCCACCUGCUAGCACGUCCCUAGAAAUGUAUACUCCACAUGCUCUCAAAAGAACAUGCCAAGAUUGUAUCUGCUCACAUUGAUUGGAUAUUGUACCUACGAAGCAAUCAUUUAAACUAUGAAAUGGAAUCCAAAUUAUUGGCUUAUAUUCAAAUACACAAGUGUUUUAAAGCUCAGUGCUAAACAAACAUACAAAUAAAUUUCCAUUUCACAUGUAUUUAUUAUUCUACAAUUAGAAUGGACUGUAAUGUUGGCAUGUUCUUUUUGUUUUGUUUUUUCUUGUAAUGGGCCUGCUUCUUAGCAAUAUUAGAAGUGUUUUAUAAAGCAGUUCAUGUUACUUUUCUGGUCUGUUCAUGGCAUAUGAGCAAAUAAACUAU